AUGACUUCCCCAACAGAGACCAAGAUCCUCGUCUCAUCCCAUGAGAUUGCAGAGAGUGACCGUCUGAAGAGUCUGUACCCAACGGUCAUCCUCGCAUCUGCCGUUUCUGGCAGCGCUACCAUGAUUAUGUUGCUUGGUAGAUCGGCAACAACCGCCUCGGUUUUGAACGAUGUCUCAACCUGUCUCCUCGUCAGCUCAGUCAUCACGGCGGUCUUUACAGCAAUGAUAACGAUCAUGCUUUCGUUCGAGUUCCAGAGCAGCCAUGAGCCCACCCGGAUGCGUCGAGCAAUGGCAUGGGUGCCGAUCUUCUUUUUCGACUUUAUGCUAUUCGAGUUGGUUAUUGGCCUAGUUUUUUGGUUUACAGCUGGACAUGCCUGGCAGUAUGCUGCUCUUCUCGGCCUAGUAACCGGAUCACUUUUCAUGGUGACGGCAGCUGUAGCCGUGUGGAUGACAGUAAAGGCCAGCCCGUUGAGUUGCCUGGGGAAACGGAUGGAGACAGAGUCCAAGGGCUGA